AUGCAUCGUUCGGAUCGGAUCGUGGGCAUCAAGUGCAAAAGCCGUCACGGAGUGACGGUAAGACGACAGUGUACUCAGUCUUUCAACUGCCGCCCCAGUUUAAUCGCUUCAUGUAUUCUCACAAGCAAAUACAGUCGACCAACACACGUCUCAAAUGAGCUUAAGAUGUCUUGUUUCUGGGCGUCUCGAACGAAGCCUUGCAAAUUAGACGUGAUACUGGUGCUGAUCAGUAUAGCAGACGAACUUCUACUUUUACAUAAAAACUGUUUAAAACCGAUACCCGUUCACCAAAAGGAUGAGUCGGAGUAUCCAGUUACAUUUUCGACUAAAAAGAAUGAAAUCAGCUAA